GAUCCAACGAAAAAGAAGGAAAAUGAGGACCAGACAACAGUGUAAGACUUCAAAACAACCUUCAAUAACAUCCUCAAAAAUUGUUAAAAAUGAUCCAAAGAAAAUAAAUAGAAAAAAGAGAGGAAGGCCCAAAAAGAGGGGAAAAUCCCAAAGCAUGGAAGAAGAAAAGGUGCCAUCUCCACCAGUUGAAGUACAGAACAUAGAGCGAAGAAAAAUUAUAGACCCAAGAAAUAACAUAGAACCCAGGAAAAACGUAGAAUCCAGAAAAACCGUAGGACCGAGAAAAAACAUAGAACCUAGAAAAUCCACAGGACCAAGAAAAAGCAUAGAACCCAGAAAAACCGUAGAACCAAGAAAAAGAGGAAGGCCUUCCAAAAUUACUAAUCAACAAAUAAAUACUGACAUAGACUUCAUAAACUGUGACCUAGUUCCUCAGGAAAAUAGCGAUCCUGCUGAUGACAACCUAGAAGAAUUCGACCCUUUAAAUUCGUCUUUUAGUACCAAAAUUGGUAACCUUGAAAUUCUAAGCAAAUAUGAAAUCAAACAGGAGCCGGAAAUAGAAAUAAUUGAUAGUGUUAUUCCGCUAAGCCCUUUGAAAUAUCAAACAGCACAGAGUGAUCUGCUCCUUGAUUUGAAGAGGAAGGAAGAAGAAAUGAUUGAUAGUGUUAUUUCCCUAAGUCCUUUGAAAAGUGAUACAGCACCAAGUGAUCUCCUCCUUCAUUUUGAAAAGGAGGAAGAAGAAAUUAUUGAUAGUAUUCUGCUAAAUCCUUUGAAAAGUGAAACAGCUCAACGUGAUCCGCUCCUUGAGUUGGAAAAGGUGUCUGUGAUCUGCGGCAAUGAUAAUCCUUCUGAUGAUGAUGAUUGUUUUGAUAAUGAUGUCUUUGAUGACUACUCACAUGCAUCUGAAGAUGAAUCACCGGGCACAUAUCAAGAAGAACAAACAUUCGAAGAAAUGACAAAUGAAAUCAAUAUUGAAAUAUCUGAACCAGCACAAUCAAACUGCUUUAAUCUUGAUUGUGGCGCCAAAACCCGAGAAGUUAUUGGUAAUGUAAAUUUGUCCAGUGAUCUCGAUGCUAUGUGUUAUACCAAUAUUCUUAAAGCGAUUGAAGUUAUGUUGGACAAUAAAGUAAACUCAUUUGGACUAAGAAUUUCAGAAGAUUCUGUCAUUGGAUCUAUGAUCACUGACAUUGUUCAGGACUCAAUGAGUAACACUGCAAAACUUGAAGUUUUGAAAAAAAUUGCUUACGGUAUAAUUUUGUUUGAGAAAGUAAAAAACAAAGAUCCCAAAAUACUGUCUCUAGAAGACUGUUUUAUUCCAGCAAAAUUAUAUAUUCUACUAGACACUAUCAAAGAAGUAUGUACCCAUUUUGAGCAAUUAGAGGGUUACGAGUCACCUGUAGAAGCCCUCUCCUGGUUUUUUCAUUCAGCAGGAUCAAAAGUUACCAAUAAUGCUAUAAAUAAAAUAGAAUGUGAAGAGAAAAAAACAGUUACACUGAGUAACAUUAAUAUAGUUCUGGAAGUCAUCAAAAGUAAUUGGAGUGAUUUGUCAUUGUUUAAAAGUAACAAAACUACAACUACACUUGGAGUAAAGGAUACCUUAUCUCCUAUGGUUGUAGAUUCAUCAGAAACUGUAUUGAAUUUUAACAAUUUGACAAGUUGUAGUUUUGAAAACACAACUGGACAAAAUACAACUGGAAGGGGUGAACCAAAUAACACAUUGAUUCCAACAAAAUCACCACAGGACAAAUUAACCCCAAAGAAAACGGCCAAUAAAAAUCAAUUGACUUCAAGUUGUGGUGAAAAUAGUUCUAAAAAACAAUAUGUAAUGAAAAGACAUUAUUGUUUGUAUUGCAAAAAGGUUGUGUCUAAUUUUAGUCGCCAUGCAUUAAACCUACAUAAGAAUGAAAAGGAAAUUUCAGAAAUUAUAGAGUUAAGGAAAAAUGGAGAUAAGGAAAGUAUAAAAGAAAGACAUUUGCGGAUGAGGGAAGUUAUGUUAAGAGGUAACUACUUGCAUGAUAGUAAAAUACUGUCAGAAACAAUUACUGAGGGGUCUGAUUUACCAGCUUCUCAUUUGUUACGAAACUGUAAACGGUUUACAUCCGGUCCUAAAAAAUUACAAGAUCUGACUAUGUGUCCAUAUUGCAAAGGUUUUUAUUCAAAGAAACAUUUUGGUAGUCACGAUAGAAACUGCUAUUCAAGAAAUAAAUACAAAAGUAACUCAAUCAGUAAUAACCACGAGAAGAAAUCAAUUAAAACCAAUGUUUUACAAGGGGGGAAAAUGUGCAAAAGACACUGUGUAUUUUGUGGACUCUACAUUUCAAGAUUUGUGUUCUACAAGCAUUUAAUGACCGAACAUAGAGAUGAAGAACCAACCAUUCAGUAUAUUGCCCUUAUGAAGGAAAACAGUGAAGACAAUAUAAAUAAGAGAAAAGAAAUCCUAAACUCAUUACAGCUAAAAUGCAAUGACGGUCGCUUAUCAAGAAGGGCUAAAAAUGUCUCUUCUGUGAUUAUUUCCGAAAAUCCUUCUACUGUACCACCAAACACAAGUCAAGGCUUCCUUCAAAAUAAAGAUGACAAACCCAUUGAAAAUGUUGUGAUCACAGUUGACCCCAUGAACCCAUGUAAGUGUAGUAAAUCCAUUAAAAGUGUUAACAAAAAAGAUACAACUAAUAAAAAAAAAUCCUCUCUCAUUCGUGGGCAUAGAUUUAGAAAUUUCCACGGUGUCGAACUUGGUUCAAAAAGCAGAAUUUGUGUGACAAACGACAACUUCACUCUUAGGUUAAAGAAAGACCCUGUAAUUAAAGAAGCCUUAGAUGACAGUCUUAUAAAGUCAAUUAUUUAUAAAUACCAAACAAAUAUCAAACACAAACAAAUAAAAAAUAACAAAAAUAAAUAUUACGAAAACAGUAUUUUCAAAAAACUAAAAUUAGGGUGUAAUUUCUUUAUGAAGCUGAAAAAAAAGGAUCAUUCAAUAUUUCAACUAUAUGACUGUCUAACAUCUCCCAAGAAGGAGGUUGUUUUCGAAACCAUUAAAGAUAUGUGUGAAUUCAAUGAAACCACGGAGACAAUUGGUGUCUUAAGUAUGCCUUGCAGACUUUCUGCGUUCAUAAGAGAUGCUAUUGAACGAGCGCUUAGGGAUCUGGAAUUUAACAAGGCCACAAAUACAACAAGUAGAGAAGCAGCCAUGCAAGGAACUGAAGACAUUUUAAGAUUUUUAUCUAAGCUGGAUGUUUUAUCAAAAUCUUCUAGGCCUACAGAAGUUAAGAAAUCAAGUAAAGUUAAAUACAUUAAAAAUAAAAACAAAGAAACAGUUGAGAUGGAUUACAAAGCAUUGUCUGCGUUGACACAAUCAAUUGAUGACAACACUGAAAACAUCUCCGAUUUGAUUGAUAAUGAUAAAAAGAGUCAAAAUCCGCAGAUCUCAAUUCCUGGAGAUGGAAGUCCUGGAUGUGCUUAUAGUUAUGAAGACUCUAUUUUGGGUAAAUGUACCACAGAAACAAACGUUUCUUUAGACUUUGAGCAAUUGCAUGGCUUACAGGCUAAUUGUCUAUACCCAAAGGUCGUGAAUCCAACACAUGAGUCCAUAAAAUCCAUAAAGAAUACUACCAACACAGAAAAUAGCAAUGAAGAAUAUGGAAACUUUGAACAAUCUUUGAUUGGAAAAGAUAACUUUAAAUUGUCUACCUCGUUUGAAGACAAAAAGGAAAACUCACCCUCAAGUACCCAACUAAACAGUGAAUUAAUAGAAACAGAAACAAUUUUGAAGCAACAAUUUAUUCCUCCAAAAAUAAUUAAUACAGAUGAGGACUACAGAUGCAAACAUCCAAAAAAACCAAAAACACAGGAAAAAAGGAAAUACUUUUGUCCAUAUUGUAAAAAAUUGGUCAAAGAAUUUUCACGUCAUCUAAAAGAUGUACAUAAAAAUGAAAAGGAAGUCAUAAAAAUAACUGAUCUAGCCAAAAAUAAAGACAGGGAAUCUGUAAAAGUAAAACUUUGGCUCAUGAAGGAAUUGCGGUUAAGGGGCAAUCAUGAUCAAAAUAUAUUAUCAGUAUCAGCGACACAAGGGUUAGAUGUACCUUCAUCUCAUUUGACUUAUAACUGUAGAAAAUUUAAGCUAGGCCCGAAAGCAUUAAAAGAUCUAGUAAUGUGUACAUUUUGUAAGGAUAUUUAUCCCAAAAGGAAUUUUUACAGGCACCUAAAAAUCUGUUACCCAAAAAAUAAAUAUGAAAGAAGCUUAUUACAAAAAAAUCCGAAGAAACCAUUUAUCAGUACUCUAAAAGCCAAAAGUAAUUUACGGAGAGGUUACAGUUUGUUUUUCAAGAAAGUUUUUCACAGGCACUUCAGACUAGGCUUAUCAAGGAACAAGAAUCAACAUAAUUUACCUGUUUCUAGUAAAGAUUUAAAGCAUACUUAUGAUGAACAAUGCCAGCUGACUAAAUCAAACAUUGUACGAGCAAGACACUACUGUUUAUUUUGUGGAAAAAUCGUUUUAAACUUCAUAAAGCACAUAUUGAAGAGACAUCACGGUAAAAAAACUAUAAUUGAGUACAUGGCUUUGAUGAAUGGAAAUACUGAAGACAGUAUAACAAAAGGAAGAAAAAUACUAAGGAUGUUGCAUCUCAAAAGUAAUAAUGUUUACCUUAGCAAAUUAACACAGAAGAAACUACCUGAGAAAUGUUCUGUAGAACCAAUUAAUGAAAUAGGUCUACAGAUUGGUCAAACAACCCAAGUAUCUGAGAGCAUAGGCUCUGCACCUGAAUCCAAGGAAGACAAAAACAUGCAAGACGGAUUACAGUCAAGUCUCAAAAGGUUAAAAGAGAAGGUCACCGUCAAGAAUCAUGAUCAUAUACCUCAUCCAAGAUCUGCUGCUAAAUGUUAUGGCAUUUCCCUCAUCAACAUUAACCCACCGAUUCCACCUCCCCAUGCUAGCAGUAAAUUUAUACAAUUGGUGCUGCCUAAACUUAAAAGAGACGAUAUUUCAAGAAUUGCUCUGAAUGAUCCGUUACUUGUUGCUACUGCAAGUAGUAUUUUAGAAAGAAUGCUUAAUGAAUCAAAAUUUACUGGAGUUAAAUGCGCAUCAACCUUUCUAAGAGACGGGGGAAGUUUACUAAAAUGUGCAAUGUCAAUUGACAAUACCAUAAAGGAAUUUCACGACUUACUCAAGCCAUCAAAAAUUAACACUGUCUUUGAAACGGCCAAAGAGAUGUGCGGAUUAGACGAAAAGACUGGAAAAAUAAAAUUUACAAAGAAACCAUUUAGAAUCAUUUUUGUGAUAAACAAAACUACAGCGCAAGCCCUUACAGAUGUAUCAAAUAAUACAUCUAUGAGUGAAAAUGAUAAAAUGCAAAUUAAGAAGGACAUAAAUGAAUUUUUAGAUCUGAAACGAAUCAAAUUCAGAAGCUUAAUAACUCAAUGGCCGGGUUCAAAAAAGCUGAGGGAAUCUUCUGAAACUAGUAAUUUUUCAAAUAUUAAAAGAAAAAGUAAAAAGAGAAAAAUAUACUCUUCGAGCGAAUCUGAAGAAUAUACGUCUGAUGAAAGCGAAGAGGACAAUGAAGUAACUCCUCAAAAUACGAGAACAAUAACUAAAAAGGAAAAACACUUUGAACACAACAGUUUAUCUGAAAAAAGGGAACAUUCUUCUCAUUUAAAAAAAAAGUGGACAGAGCUACAAAAGAGGAUUGUUAUAAUGGAAUUUAAAGACUUUAUAAAAAAUGGAACAAAUCCUGGAAGAAAAAGGUGCCGUGAAUUGAUUGCUAGCAAUGAUGAGCUAGUUGGAAGAACAGCGGAUCAAGUAAACCUUAUCAUUGAUAACAUUAACAAAGGAAAACUAAAAUUACCCUAUGAGUUUAAGUACCUUAAAAAUUAAGAUUGUAUAUAAUAGAACUUACUACUAAGUUCUUUCUCCUAUUAAAAAUUAAAAUUAUGUUAUUAAUACAAGUGCGAGAUAGUGUUAUCCUGCUAGGGCCUUCAGAGUAAUACAAAUAAACCAUAAGAAAUAAUUAGAUUUAUAAAAAGAGUCUUUUUCAGCUUUGUUAAUUUUACAGUUUUAUAAAAAAUUUACAUUGAAAUCUCCUGUUACAUAAAUUGAGCUGUUUAGCGAAUUUCCCAUAUAGGGAAUAAGCUAUUUUAUUUCUUUUUUAGUAUAUCCAAAAAUAAUUCUAAAUUUUUAUAAAAAUCUUAAAACUGCAUCAUUUGACUUAACUAACGUACACCACAUUUACCUUCUCGUCUACAAUAAAAGGCAGCUAAACAAAAUGUUUCUAAACAAUUCAAAACUGUUACCUGAUCAAAAUUUAUCCAAUGUUCCACUAGACAAAUAAUAUUUACAUUUGUUUCAUGUAGAAUAAGGUUUAACUAAUUUAUUUUGGGCACAAUGCCACCUUGUAUGUUCUCUCAUUCAACACUUAUCAUCACUAUGGCAUCUGUCCUAAGGUGCAGCUCGCAUACUUAAGUUACCAUGUGUUCGACAGAAACACUACCUCUAACUCAUACAGCUGGUGAACAAAUUAUCAGUUUUUGGCCGUUCUGGUUUAUGUCCUUUGUUAGAGAUUCAUAAGCUUCAUCGUAAUCACUUAUGUGUGGUUUUAUGUGGUAGGCCUAUUUAGAUUUGGUUACCAAACCGUAUACUGAGAAUUUAUGGAUGUUUUGACAAGUUAAGUGCUUAUUUACAUAAUUUGUUGUUGAAGGUUUCUUGAAGUGUUUUCUAAAUAGUGUUACUAAACCUGCACUUAUUGUCACUGUAAACGUCAGCAGAUAUACAGUGGAGCUACCUCUUCUUGAUCUCUUAGCUUGUGUAUAGCGUAGCGAUGUUCAUGUCUGCUUCGACAACAAUGACAGCUUAUCAUUAUAGGGUAGUCUCAACUUCUGGUUAUUGAUUGUGAAGGGGUUGAAGCAGCAUUCCUGAAGGGUAUUGAGAAUUACCUCUGCACUCUUCCUUUUGCCCUAUAAAGUGCAAGCCAUGGUUUGUGUAAAAAUGGUGUGGAAAAAGAUGAAGUUCUAACUGAUUGUUCACUUCAGAGUGAUAAAUUUUUCCUAAUGGCCCAUAGUUAAUUUCCCUAAUUUAGAUUUGUUUUUGCGCAAAGGCAGUUUGGCAACAAGUAAGGCUAAUGCCACACAAUGCGAUUUUCUCAGCUCGGAAAUUGAAAUAAUCUUUGCUGGAUUUACAUGUAAAACGUUAAAAACAGCCGUACGUUGUUGCAACUGAAUACCGCCCGUGUGGCAGUUAGCCAACGGUAAUGUCAGCUGCAAAAAUGGACCCAGGUACAUCCUCGCACGACAGUUGUCAGCUUAAAUUUCCACUUUGCGGUUUUAUCGCUAUAAACCAGCUGUUAUCAGCUGUAACUACAAACCACCUCGUGUAGCAUUAGCCUUAUCAAAGUCGCUGAUCAAAGUCUUGAUACUUUGGUUCUCCACACCAUUGGUCCCAUAAAAAUAAAGCCAUUUAUUAAAAUAUGUAUUAAAAUAUUUUGAAAGAUCUUUAACAUGCUUUGUAAUGUAAGCCAACGUCUCCGGCCUUACAAUAGAAGUCACUUAUAGAGUAGUUUUAUAUUGUACAAUAUUCCUAAGACUGCAUAUUGUUAUUGUAUUUCUGUUGUGUAACUUUAAGUUUUUUGUAACUAGAAUUGUAUUGUAUAUAAAAAAAGUAAACA